AUGUCUACUUCUACAUCCAAUCCAAAGUCAUUUUCAAAUGGAAAAAUUCAUUACUUUGAAUUACACGACAGCAAAGACUGGUCUGUUGACCAUUUUAAUUCAUGGACAGCUGCUACUUUUGGUCAGGAAGAAGUUAAUGAGGCCAUAUUUUAUAAAAUUCUUCAAAUCAUUAAAGAUGAUUCAAGUACUUCACGAAAAGUGAAGAAUGUUAUUAAAAAUUUGAUGGAUAAGAAGACCCAAAGCACUGAAAAUAAUGAAAACCAAAGUGAGUCGGAACAUAAUAAAGCCGGCAGCGACAAUAAUCCAUUCUCAAGAGAUAACUCUCCUCCGGCAGAUGCCUAUAACUCUCCUCCGGUAGAUGCCUAUAACUCUCCUCCGGCAGAUGAUUCUGAAACAAACCGGUUAGAAAAAGCUUUUGG